AUGGACGUUGACGAUUGCCCGACUACGGAAUCGCGUAGCAACGAGGCUGUCGUUCGAUGGAAAUGUUCUCAGCCCACCUCUUCUCCCUUGAACGCGCUUCUGGAGGAAGCAGCCAAGCAUAGGAGGGGGAAAGCAGCUCAACCGACGAACACACUUUUAAGUGAGCAUUCCUUCCAGUCACUGUCCUCCUACAACCCCCCCGGUGCAGCCUUCGCAGCAAUACCUGACACAAUUGCUCUGCCCACACGUUCGCGCUCAGUUCGCGCUCGUCGGGUCCGAGAGCCCAUCACGCCGCGAGCAUCCGCUCAACCCGAGCUUUUUCCCACUUCUGCCGUCUUGGAAUGGAACGGAUCCGUGGAUAAAGUUGCUCGAGAUGCCGAUACUAGUGCGCGCAAACGAAAGGAGAUGAUGGAGAUUGCUAAGGCUAGUGUCAGCCGGAGGGGCGAAAGCUCUUCUCGUGCUGUCCGAGCUCGCCAUAAGCUUUCGCGGAAUUCGCAGCAGACCCUGGCGCAGAAUCCCAUCAGUUUUGAGAACCAGAUGUCAGAUGGACGCACCGCUAUUGCUGAAUCGACGUUCCAAGGGCGCUCUCGCGCGGCCGACUCGAUUUCUUUGGAUGGUUUCACGUCCGGCGUUCAUCCACACGCAGGGCAAGACCAAACGGAGGCUUCAAACUCCCGUUCGUGGUCAACUUCUUCCGCUCUUGUUCGCUCGUUUUCUGCCGGAUCACCUUCAGUGAGUGGGUUAGAAUACCUCGAAGGGGUUGAUACUCUGAGGUCAAGUUGGGCUUAUUCACCGCGAGAGGCACCGUUGACUCCACCCGAUGAGUAUGCACCACGCAAGAGCAGCAUGUCUCCGCACGAGGAAGUUCCUGUCCCUAUAGCAACAAAACAUGAAGUGAUGCCGCCAGCUCUCUCCAAUCCCCCCACUCGACUGCGAGUCUUAGGUAUGCGCCCCGUGAGCUAUCCAGCACACUCCUCAUCGCAACUCACGCCUUCUCAAAUACUACCCACAAAACAAAAGCCGUUCAAACCCCCGAUCGCACGGCCACCCCAUGCACCCCUCGCGAGGUCAGCUCGCUUGACUGUCCCCACCGCCGUUGCACCAAUAACACCCGACUAUACGCCACCUCCUGCGGAUGGCAAAUCCCACGCGCCUGCCGUUUCUAAAGUACCGAGGAAGGGUGCCAAACGUUCUCCUUCGCCAGCACCAGACGCAAACUCCAGUUUUGGAGAGAUUGAGCUUCCAUUCGACUUCGAAACUUUGGAUGCGGAGAUGAGAAAAUAUGAUUAA